AUGGUCGCUAGUAGGCACAACACGCUAGGUGAGACGCUGCUCGCAUGGAUAGAGACGAGGCAUUACGAGCUAGGUGAGGCGGGCACGCGGGCGCUAUGGCAAGGCAAGCAUGCGAAGCUAGGAGUGCGUAUAGGCAUUGGUGAGGUAGGCAUGCGUGUGAGUGGGAGGCUUGGCUAUGGCCGUGCAUGUGCAAGAAAGGGCUCGAGGGGUGCUAGUGCUUGUGGGGGCCGAGGGAUGCCGACGAUAGACGGCAUGCUCGGUGGUAGGAAAGGUGCGAGUGAUAGAGGGCGAGUGGGCAUGCUAGGGGAGGAAGGCUAUGUGUGA